GGUCCUGGCGCUGCGCGCGGCCAGGGACAGGUGGGGCGCCGCCGUGCACCGCUCCCAGCCGCGCUCCCGGCCCCACCAUGGGCAACAGCGCGGGCCGCAGCGACUUCGAGUGGGUCUACACGGACCAGCCGCACACGCAGCGGCGCAAGGAGAUGCUUGCCAAGUACCCGGCCAUCAAGGCCCUGAUGCGGCCGGACCCCCGUCUCAAGUGGGCGGUGACGGGGCUGGUGCUGGCGCAGCUGCUGGCCUGCUGGCUGGUGCGGGGCCUGGCGUGGCGCUGGCUGCUCUUCUGGGCCUACGCCUUCGGGGGCUGCGUGAACCACUCGCUGACGCUGGCCAUCCACGACAUCUCGCACAACGCCGCCUUCGGCACCGGCCGCGCCGCCCACAACCGCUGGUUCGCCGUCUUCGCCAACCUGCCCAUGGGCGUGCCCUACGCCGCCUCCUUCAAGAAGUACCACGUGGACCACCACCGCUACCUGGGCGGCGACGGGCUGGACGUGGACGUGCCCACGCGCCUCGAGGGCUGGCUCUUCUGCACGCCGGCCCGCAAGCUGCUCUGGCUGGCGCUGCAGCCUUUCUUCUACUCGCUGCGGCCGCUCGUCGUGCACCCCAAGGCCGUGACCCGCAUGGAGGUGUUCAACGCCCUGGUGCAGCUGGCGGCCGAUGCCACCAUCUUCGCCCUCUGGGGGCUCAAGCCCGUGGUCUACCUGCUGGCCAGCUCCCUGCUGGGCCUGGGCCUGCACCCCAUCUCGGGCCACUUUGUGGCCGAGCACUACAUGUUCCUCAAGGGCCACGAGACCUACUCCUACUACGGGCCCCUCAACUGGAUCACCUUCAACGUGGGCUACCACGUGGAGCACCACGACUUCCCCAGCAUCCCCGGCUGCAACCUGCCCCUGGUACGGAAGAUCGCGCCCGAGUACUACGACCACCUGCCCCAGCACCUCUCGUGGGUGAAGGUGCUCUGGGACUUUGUGUUUGAGGACUCCCUGGGGCCCUAUGCCAGGGUGAAGCGGGUGUGCAAGGUGGCAGAGGAUGGCCUGUGAGCCCGGCGCCCAGAGUGGACGGACCCUUCCGAGCAGAGGUGGGAGCUGGGCCUCUGCUGUCAGGCUGCUGCCCGGCCUCGCCCAGCCACACCCACCUGCCGCAGAGCUGGCUCUCCCUGUCCCCUCGCGGUCUAGUGCCCAGAACUGGUUUGGCUGCAUUUGGUUCCUGCACCCUGGCCUGUCCUCUUGGCCUCCGGAGCCCCGAGACCACGCCUGGCGACGGUGGGCACAGACCACAGCUUGGAGAAGCUUGGUCUGCACAUGGACGAAUGACCUCAGGCCGGGCCGCCCUUGCCAGGCCUCAGGGGCGAGGCCUGGCCCCACCCUGGCGCUCUGUCCCAGGGUCUCCAGGGAGCUGAUUUCUCUGGUGUUCCCAUGCCCUAAAUUAAACCCAGCCUUUGUUUUCAGGCUCACA